AUUGUCUAUCAAUGGCGACAUUCUCGAAGGCUAAAGACCUGGUAGAGCUUGGCAAAGCUGAUGAGUCAAUCUUGUACAUCCAUAGAGCCUGGAAGUAUUGGCAUAUAGCUGGGUACUUUCCAUAUCUCCACAGGGUUGUCAGGUGGUGCAAUCACGGCACCAGCCCUGCAUUGCUAAAGCGCAUGGUCAAGCGUCUCUCACCACUUCUGGAUGGGGAGGGAUAGGACAAGCAAAACAUCCAUUCUUCCACCUGAACAUGCAUUCGCCGUAAGAAACACAUAGUCCCGUCAUGCGAUCUCCAAAUUGGUCUGACAUGUCUUCAGUUCCCAAUGGAGCAGAUCCAUCAACGCAUGGCUCUCCGAGACGCCAUGAAAUCUCCAUCUCCCGAUGAUGAAGCGCCCCCCGACAUAGCAGCCAAACUUCUCCAAUUGCAAGCCGAGAAAGGACAACUGACCGACAGGUGGAUCAUGGUUAUGUGCAUGACAAACUAUGGAGCGGGAGUCGAGACAAUCGGAUUGACAGUCAGUGCCUUUAUUAACAAUGUCAUCGCUUAUGGUUGCCAAGAACGCAUCCACCAAGAACUCGACUUAGCGAGGAGAGCUGGGAAGUUGAGUAACCCGCCGAAAUUACGAGAGAUGAAAGAACAUUUGCCAUAUCUGAGUGCUUGUCUCAGCGAGAGUCAGAGAUUGCACCCUGGUGUGGGCAUGCCUCUUUUGAGAACAGUGCCAGCGGGAGGAUGUGAAUUAGAGGGGCAUUUCUUACCUGCAGGUACGUCGGUUGGAAUCAAUCUUUGGUAUUCAGCCGUAGCAAGGAACUCUACGGCGAAGAUGCCGAGAUCUGGCGACCUGAACGAUGGCUUGAGUACAGCCCUGAGAAGCUCAAAUAUUUGGGUAGAACCCCUCUGACAUUGCAUGCAUGUGUGCUUACUUGGGAUCAGAGACAUACAACAUCACUUUUGGCACCGGAGCUCGAUCAUGCCCUGGAAAACGUGAGUGAUCAAUCUCCCCGCCGAAGAAAAGAAGCCGCGACAAGGCGGUCAAAUUGCUGACACGCAACA